CGCCGACACCGCGACAGUCCCUCGCGCUCUCGCUCCCGCAGUCCACACACCACCACCGCCGCCCCCUCAGCCCCAAUCCGCUCCUCCAAACCCCUCCCCUCCCAACAAGCCGCCUACACCACCGACCUCACCCCCUCAGACUCCCAACCCCCAGCCGCCGAAGUCGAAAAAGAAAAACCGAACUUCGGCACGACCGGCCGCCUCGCCGCCGAAAGCAACACCGUAACCGUCCACGGCGGCGGCGGCGGUAACGGCCCCACAACCGUCGUGCUCAAAUACCACGAACCGCCGGAGGCCCGCAAACCGCCGGCGAAGGACAGCUGGCGGCUGUAUGUGUUCAAGGGGCAGGACCUGCUGGAGAUGGUGGAGCUGAACGUCCGGAGCUGCUGGCUGGUGGGGCGGGAGCACCUCGUCGUAGAUUUCCCGCUGGAGCAUCCGAGCUGCUCAAAGCAGCACGCGGCGAUCCAGUUCCGGUUCGUCGAGAAAAAGAACGAGUACGGGGAUCGGAUCGGACGCGUCAAGCCCUACGUGAUCGAUCUGGAGAGCGCGAAUGGGACGACGGUGAACGGGGACAGGAUCCCUGCGGGCCGGUUUGUGGAGGUAAUGGAUAAGGAUGUCUUGCGGUUUGGGUUGAGCUCUAGGGAGUAUGUGCUUAUGUUG